GUCCAAAUAAAACCUACAGAAGCAACGAACUUUAUAAAUAUCAGGAAUGUCUUCUUCUUAACAAAUCGGAAGGAUGUUACUUGGCUGAUGCAAAAUGCACAAGCCGGGGGAAAGUGAAAACAACACCAUCUACAAUAAAACCAUUACCAGAUGAUAGUUCUUCUUUAGAAAUGUUAAUUGGAGUAAUAAUUUCUUGUGUUCUUAUCAUUAUCAUCGUCCUUAUUGCAUCAAUAUUUAUAGCAAGGAAAUUUAGAGUUUGUAAAAGUCACGAGAGCGGUCAUGGUGAAGAACACUGUUUGCUUUCGGAACAUAAGGUAGAAGCAGUUGGGGAAAAUGUUGUGUUGCGAUGUCUACUUCCUAUGAAUCACAGGAUCAUUCAAACACGGAAUAUUAUAUGGUCAAAAGAUGGAAAGAAAAUCAACUUUAAAAACGCAACGGAAAAAUACAGUUUUGCCGAGGAUAAGCAAGCCCUUGUCGUUAAAAAUGCAGGUCGUCUUGAUUCUGGGGAAUACGUUUGUUGUAUUAAAUACGCAUGCAAAUGUAAUGGGAUGGAUGAGAAGAAUACAUUUAUUCUAGAACCCCCAAGCAUAACUCUGGGAGAAAUUAAAACAGAUGGAGAAGAGGUCGUACUUGAGUACGCAGUGUUUGUAUCUAAAGAUUGCAAACCAUUGACCUCCAUGUCCUGGAAAAGAAAUGGUUGUGAUUUGAUAUUGUCCGGCGAGUCAGAAAAUUAUUCUGGGGGAACAUUGGAUGAUUCCUGCCUAAGAAUUUGCUGUAUCAAAGAGGAUAUUUUUGGCACAUACGAAUGCACUGUUCAAAAUAAAUUUGGUGAAAUGACAAUUCACAAAACAUUAGAACGCCCAAGCAUAACUCGGGGGGAAAUUAAAACAGAUGGAGAAGAGGUUGUACUUGAGUACGCAGUGUUUGUAUCUGAAGAUUGUAAACCAACGACCUCCAUGUCCUGGAAAAGAAAUGGUUGUGAUUUGAUAUUGUCCGACGAGUCAGAAAAUUAUUCUGGAGGAACAUUGGAUGAUUCCUGCCUAAGAAUUUUCUGUAUCAAAGAGGAUAUUUUGGGCACAUACGAAUGCACUGUUCGAAAUAACUUUGGUGAAAUAACAAUUCACUACACAUUAGAUGGCAUACAGUGCAGUUCGAGAGAAUGUCAGAGUUUCUUACUGUGCUGUUUGCUACUAGAUAAAUGUCGACCCAGUAACAAUGAGCCAGAUGACUGGGAAGAAAAGCUAAAACUGUCCUGGAAUUUUUGCUUUGGGGAUGACGAAAAGAAUAUCACAGAGCGUGUCCUUCCUGCUAUAUCAAAUGGAAAAUUUGAAGAUUAUGUUAGUUGUAAAAACAAUGAGUAUAAAUUGUUAUCUCCUGAUAUAAUAUUUCAGUCUUUUCUGCAAAGGAGUGGUUUUGUGGACUUCUUUCUUAAGCAUGCUUGUUCACAAAGCAUUGGUAUAUAUUGUCGAUCACCUGGAUACAAAAAGGAUCGAUGUGAAACUUCCUGCACUGUCACUCCUGAGCAAUUCAAGGUUGUUGUGCAGCGACUCAGGUUCGACAUCCUGACUGAUUAUUCAAUCAAGGACAAAAGGUUUCACCCAAUCAUCGAAGAAGUUCUGAACAUUCCAAAAGGUAUUCUUAGUUUAGGGAGCGAGAGUAUAUCCAAAUAUCUGAAAGAUCUCACCCAUGGCGAACAUGUAGUCUAUGUUGCUAGGGGAAUGCUAGUUGGAUGUGAAGGGGCAGGAAAAACAAGUCUUCUGCGCAGACUUAGGGGAGAAGAUACCCCGGAUCCUUCAUCAACAAGAGGAAUAGAUGUCCAUGUUAAUUUAUUCACCGUGGAUGGGAAAAAACUUGAGGUAACAACCAAUCCAAAUAAAGCAAGUCUCCGUUCAUCUUUAAAUCAGGAAGAUCGACCUGAUGAUCACAACCAAAACAUGAACGAUUCUUCAAACCAGCAGUCUGGGAGAUCUAGUUUUAGAAAGGAAAAUAUCAAGAGCGAUAAAAUGUCCACAAAAAUACUUCCAGCUUUAUCAGAAAUAAAUGACCAACAAGUUGCACAGAUACCGAAUCAAAGAGAAAACAGGAUGAAUGAGGAAACUAUUCAAAACGUCAUCACGAAUGAAGCAGAAGAUGACGAGAAAUUGACCGAUGAUAUAUCUUCAGUAGAUUCAAGUGUUCUUACAUCUGAUGACAAAGAUAUCCAUACUACGUUUUCCAUCACGCAAACAUUGUCAGAGUCUUUUGUAGAUGAGAAUGAAAAAAUCAUAACAAUCUUUGACUUUGCUGGACAAUUUGCUUACUACGCCUGUCAUCACCUUUAUUUUUCUCCCAAUGAUUUCUACAUUUUAGUAAUGGACAUCACAAAGAAAUUGAAUGAUCGCGUAAUAACAGACAAAGCAGCUGAAAUGCUCAAUCAGGGGGAUUUACAUGAACAAAUGUGUGAUGGACAGUCUAAGAUAGAAAGAUCUUUAUAUGACAAUUGGACUUACUUAGAGUAUACAAAAUAUUGGCUUCAAUCCAUUUUAUCAUAUUCUGUUGGGAUAACGCCCACAGCAAUGGAAGAUGUCAAAAAACCUUUUAAACUGGCACCUCUGAUUCUUAUAGCCACUCAUGCAGAAGAAAAAACUAAAAAGGAUGUAGAAGACUAUUUUCGUGAUCUCCGGGACAAAAUUCCGACAAUUAGUUUCCACAUUGAUUAUAACAAUGCAUUUUGCACUGGUUAUUGGGGCCAAAAUGCAAACCUGGAAGAAAUUAAGAACGGCAUAAUAAACGUUGUUAAGACACUUCCAAACUGGGGGAAAAGGAUUCCUUUGUCAUGGUUUUACAUAGAAAAUUUAGUAAGAAAGCUUUCGAGUUUGAAAAUAAUUAACACAGAUGAGCUAUUACGAAGGUGUAGUGCAAGUGGUGUUGGAGUUGAAAGGAAAGAGGAUCUUAUAACACCAUUGCUCUUUUUGCAUAACACAGGGGUCAUUCUAUUCUUUGACGAAGAUAAUCUCAGAGAUUUUGUUGUUCUAGAUGUUCAGUGGUUUGUUGACGCAUUCAAAAAUGUUAUCACGGAUGAAAACCACGCAAAACAGGAUAUACCACAAGAUUUGUACGAGAAAUGGAAGAUGUUUAAUGAUAAUGGACUUUUGUCCAGUUCCCUGCUGUCCUCAGUCUGGAAAAAAUGUGAACAAAAUGAUCUGUAUAAUACAAAGAAGAAAGAAAUAAUCACUAUGAUGACUAGACUAAAUGUUUUGACAGAGGUAACGCCAUCUGUUUUGACAAAGGUUACGCCAUCUGCAGGUACAACAAUGCCAGAUUUGUGGUACUGUCCUUGUAUGAACAAACAAAUAUUCCCGACAACAGAGUUUGAAAACUUAAGGAAUUCUUCUCUUCUGUGUUUCAAGUUCACUUUUCUCCCGAAAGAUCUCUUCCAUCGCUUAAUUGCUGCUUGCAGCAACAAUUUCAAACGGUAA